ACGGACCAAUCAGAGCGCGUCAGUGUAGAGGAGACGGGUUUAUGGUGCGUAGCCGCGCUGAACAACUCCAACCAUUCAUCAGGCAAAUGGCGGAGAUCGCGGACAGGAUGGAGGUGAGCGAGCUGCAGCUACACAAAGAGCGGCCCGGCGUGCUGGUGUCACAGGGAGAGAGCUCAGAGAAGCCUGCUGCUGAGGACAUGACGUCCAAGGACUACUACUUUGACUCUUAUGCUCACUUCGGGAUCCAUGAGGAGAUGCUGAAGGAUGAAGUCCGCACCCUUACCUACAGAAACUCCAUGUUCCACAACAAGCACCUGUUCAAGGACAAGGUGGUGCUGGACGUGGGCAGUGGCACCGGCAUCCUGUGCAUGUUUGCAGCCAAGGCAGGGGCCAAGAAAGUCAUAGGCAUUGAGUGCAGCAGUAUAUCUGACUAUGCAGUGAAAAUCGUCAAGGCCAACAAGCUGGAUCACAUUGUGAGCAUUAUAAAGGGUAAGGUGGAGGAGGUGGAGCUUCCUGUGGAUCAUGUAGACAUCAUCAUCUCUGAGUGGAUGGGUUACUGCCUGUUCUACGAGUCCAUGCUCAACACGGUCAUCUACGCCCGGGACAAGUGGCUGAAACCUGAUGGACUGAUUUUCCCAGACAGAGCCACACUGUACAUCACUGCUAUCGAGGAUCGGCAGUACAAGGACUAUAAAAUCCACUGGUGGGAGAACGUGUACGGCUUCGACAUGUCCUGCAUUAAGGAGGUGGCCAUCAAGGAGCCGCUGGUGGACGUCGUAGAUCCUAAACAGCUCGUCAGCAGUUCCUGCCUUGUCAAGGAGGUGGACAUCUACACAGUGAAGAUUGAGGACCUGUCCUUCACAUCACCCUUCUGCCUGCAGGUGAAGAGGAAUGACUACAUUCACGCUCUGGUCACUUACUUCAACAUCGAGUUCACACGCUGCCACAAGAGAACCGGCUUCUCCACCAGUCCAGAGUCUCCCUACACCCACUGGAAGCAGACUGUCUUUUAUCUGGAUGAUUAUCUGACUGUGAAGACAGGAGAGGAGAUCUUUGGCACCAUCAGCAUGAAACCCAACAUCAAGAACAAUAGAGACCUGGACUUCACUGUAGACAUUGACUUCAAGGGUCAGCUCUGUGAGAUGUCCAAGACCUUGGAGUACAGGAUGCGCUAAAUGUCCUGUGUGUGUGUGUGUGUGUGUGUGUGUGUGUUAUUUGGGGGCACCUGAGGGAGAUGUGUGUACUUUUAGCGAGAGCUCUUGUGCUGAAGGAAGACCGUGAAGGACUUUUCUACACUGACACACGAACGCUUUAAGUUUCUAUUCGAUGACGACGCAGUGGUGUUUUUAUUGUGCAAUAUUCACACAGGAUGCGUUUAUUCUUUACCUUCUACUAGAGUUUUUUUACCUGGUAACUAGGUGUCUUGAUUUCUCUCUCUCUCUCUCUCACACACACACACACACACACACACACACACACACACACACACUGGUUCCCUGUCACCUGUACAUAGUGUUCAUGUUCUUCAGCCUGUUGUGCAGUCAUGGAUCCUGUUGUCCUGGCAGUGUGCCCGUCCUGUUUGAUUUUUAGUAUUUAGUUGGGUAAGAAGAGCCUCCUGUGACGGUUUGUUUUCUUCUCUUCAUCACCGCACGUCUGUGUGUUUGGGAGCAAAUACAAGCUGAUCAUUGGUGUAUUUUUGAGAGUCCUUGUACUAAUCCACCAUCUUCUGUGUUUAAAAAAAAUAGUCAUGUUAUAAAUUCAGGCUUCAGUUUGGCGCCUGAGCCCAGCUCUGUGAUUGGCUGAGAGAGAGUGAAGACAUGUCUGCAGUCCCGUUGUCACUCUGCAGUGUGUCAGUGUGGGCACUAGAGGGUGCUGUAAUACCGGUUCACUCUGGUUUUAUUUUUCCCUUAAAGUCUCAAAGCUGGUUUUUAAAACUCACUUUUUUGUGUAAGGAAGAGAAACCCCACAGGUGCAGAUUUCAGACUGAUCGUGUUUUAGUCCUUUGGUUGUUCUAAACUGAACUCCAGCACCUCCACUGGCUGCUAAUCCUCACGCCCCACGCUGCGGUAUGAUGGGCACUGAGCCGUGUUUAACUCCUCCUCAUGUGGGUCUGAGAAACGCCUGCUUUGUAAAAGUCUGUUUCUUCUCUCCUGAAAGUAAAGAAUUAAAGUUUUCUCAGUGUC